CAUCUCACACAACGCCUCGGCGUUCAUUAUAAAACGCCCCAGGUCCCAGAAAUACCCCUGGAAUUCCAUCUAUUUUCGAACUUCCUGCGUCGAAUCAGAUGAAUUCGUCGCAGUUCAUGGACAAAGAGAUCCUGGGUCUGUCGGGAUCGUCUCCCCAAAGCAGCGAUUUCUUCGAUCUCUUAAACCUUCGUCCGGAAGAUCAACAGCAGAAGAAGAAGGACGAGAUCUUCCCCAGUUACGAUUUCCAUCCGAUCCGCUCCGUCGGAGUCGGAGGCUCGUCAUCGUCAGUCGCAGCUGCAAUGAAUCUCGAAACCACGGUCGCAGGCUCUAGGGUUUGGAAUUCGGCAGAUUCGAAGACGAACAACGCUUCUGGAUUUAGAAACUAUGAUACUCUGGAGCCCCAGGAAUUUGCAAAAGUUAGUCCAGAGAAAGAUACGGGCACUUAUGAUACUGCUACGGUGUCCGAGAUUGAUCGAACAAUGAAGAAACAUGCUGAUAAUUUGCUACAUGCAUUGGAAGGAGUUAGUGCCCGGCUGUCACAGCUGGAGACUAGGACUCGCAACCUUGAAAGCUCAGUUGAUGAUUUGAAGGCCACAGUUGGAAAUAAUAAUGGCAGCACUGAUGGAAGGCUGAGGCAACUAGAGAACAUACUAAAAGAGGUACAAGUUGGGGUACAGGUUCUCCAUGAUAAGCAAGAGAUUGCGGAUGCUCAGCUGAAGCUUGCUAAACUGCAAGUCUCCAAGGAAGACCACCAGGCAAUUGAAAAACCAAACACCCCACAAACAGGUUGUCCUCAGCAAGCUGUAUCUCUGCCUCAGGAAUUGAUUCAACCACACCUGCCUCCAGCCCCUUUUCCACAACCACCUCAAGUUCCUGCACUCCCCCCGCCUAAUGCUCCUCCACCUCCAUUGCAACAAAACCCAAUGCCAGCUCAGCUUCAAACUCAAUUACCCCAGAACCAGAUCCCUUCUAUGCCACCCUUAUCACGAGACCCAUACCUUCCACUGCCGGGCCCACCACCGGAGGCCCACCAUCAGCAAUAUCAGAUGCCAGUUCAGCAGCCUCCACCGCCUCAUCAACAGUAUCAAGGACCGCCCCCACAGCUUCCUCAGUACUCUCAACCAGUCCCGUUGCCCCAACAGCAGCACCAACCUAUCAGGCCUGCAAAACCUCCAUUGAGCCAUCAUCCUGAAGAAAGCCCUUACGUACCACCACCCCAGACCUACCCACCAAACAUCCGCCAACCAGCCCCACUGACUCAACCUCCGGGUGGGUCCACUACAUCCCAACAGAUUUAUGGGCCCCCCACCCACAUGUAUGAACCCUCAGAGAGCAGACCGAGUUCAGGACAACCACCAUAUUCUGCUGGGUACAGCCUGCCGUCAGGGCCUAAUUUCAGUGAUUCUUAUCCUUAUAGUGGAUCCCCUUCUCACUACAGCAGCUCAGUUAAACCAUCUUCGCAAUCUUCUCCUUCUGCACCUACCAGUGGAAGCGGCUACCCACGUCUCCCAACUGCUCAGAUAUUGCCACAUGCGUUACCAACAGCAACCAGUGUCAGCAGUGGCCCCAGUGCUGGCGGGACUGGCAAUAGGGUGCCAAUUGACGAUGUGGUUGACAAGGUUGCAACAAUGGGGUUCUCAAGAGAACAGGUGAGGGCGACAGUGAGGAAGCUGACGGAGAAUGGGCAGUCGGUUGAUUUGAACGUGGUGUUGGACAAGUUAAUGAAUGAUACUGAAAUCCAGCCACAGAAAGGUUGGUUUGGACGGUGAACUAUGGGUAUGCUAUUCUUUUUUUCCGUGACUUGUUAUGUAUAAAACGAUAAACCCUUGUUGCUUUGAUUUCUACUGCUUUGGAACUUUCUUCCCCUAUGCAAACCAUCCUUUGAGCAAGAUAUAACUGAAACUCAUGAUGGUUUUUCAGAUAUUUUACUGUAUUUGCUUGUAA